CAUUCCACCUAUUUAUCAUCUCUUUAACUUUAUAGUUUCAUAUUUAAAAAAAAAUAAAAAAAUCUAAUGUUCAAAAUAAAAUUCCUACAUUUCACUUUUUUUUAGUGUUGAAAAAAUAGAGGUCUCUACUUAGAGUGAAGAGUUUUGUGUGAUUUUUGUGAAUUAAAAACGAAAGAAAAAUUGUGAAAAAAAUUGGUCUAAAAAAUAUCACAAAUCCAGAAAAACGAGCGCAUGCACUAGACACUAGUUUGAGUUAUGGUAAAAUUUGAUAAAAUUGUGUUUUGAUGAUUAAUAAAAUGCAUUAUUCUCGAAAUAAUGUUUUAGCCAAAAAAAAAAUGAGGUUAGUGCUAGGUCUUAACUUAUUCUAUAAAAUGUCCUAAAUUUACUAAAAGCCGUCAUUAGCGGUAGAAAUUGGAAGGAAAUUCUCAAUUUCUGCCAAUUUCAAUCCGAAAUUUUCCAAUUUUGAAACAAGUUUUUUCGUCCCAAAAUUCUAAUUUAUGUUUUUUCCCGUAUUUCUGAAUGGAAUCAGAACUAGUUUUUCACUACAGAAAAAAAAAAUCAAAAUUUUCCUAAAUGACUAAUUUCGAUCUGAUCCGAUCCAUUCGAAUUACACUCCUAGGCGUCAUGUAUUUAUCAAGUCCCAUAUAAAAAGCCACUAUUUUUUAGUACAUCCCCUAAAUUGUGUUUUUUCUUUCUUUCUUUUUUUUUUUUUUUUAUUUUAAAGAAUGGAUUUUUGCUAAUAAAAUAAGACCAAUUUGUUUAAACAAUCUGAAUGCAGUAAACCAUUUUGUUAGCAAUGACUAUAAAACCCCUUGUGCUGUUCCAAAACACUCCCAAAAUCAAACUUUGACACUCAAACCUCAGCUCUACUCAAAAUCCCUUCUUUCCUCUUUCUCUUACCAAAUAAUCUUUUGUCCAUUUAAUUAUUGACAAUUAAUCAUGAUUAGUAACAAAACCAAAAGAAUUCACAAAAAUAUUACCAGCAUCAAUAAUUCAAAUGAAAGUGGAAGAAGUGAUGAAUUAAGAAGAGGUCCAUGGACACUUGAUGAAGACAAUCUUCUCAUUCAGUACAUCACCUGUCACGGUGAAGGAAGGUGGAAUUCCUUAGCCAAAUAUUCAGGGCUUAACAGAACAGGGAAAAGUUGCAGGUUGAGGUGGUUGAAUUAUUUGAAGCCUGAUAUUAAACGUGGGAAUCUUACCCCUCGUGAACAAAUCUUGAUCCUUGAACUUCACUCCAAAUGGGGAAACAGGUGGUCAAUAAUCCCCUAUGGUGGUCAUUUACCAGGGAGAACAGAUAAUGAGAUAAAGAAUUACUGGAGAACACGAGUGCAGAAACAGGCCCGACAGCUUAAGAUCGAUUCGAACAGUAAGAAGUUUCUAGAAGCUAUUCGAAUGCAUUGGAUGCCGAGGUUGCUCGAAAAAAUUGAGCAAAAUAAUAAUAAUAAUUCAUCAUCAUCAUCAUCGGUUGCGAAUAAUAACCAAGGGGAGUUGCCCUCAUCGGACGGUUCAAAUUCAAAACCAAUUAUUAGCAACGCGGUAAAUAAUAAUUCCUCAGACGGUAAUUAUUCAGAAUUAUUAACCGCUCCAAUUAGUAAUUAUAAUGGUGAAAAAUUAUCAUUGGAAAAAGAUCAUGACUGUUACCAUGUGGCCUAUGACGAAAUGCGAGAACUGGAGUCUUCCCAGGAUAUUUCCAUGUCGGAAUGCCACGUGGAUGGAAUUGAUUGGCUGGGGGGGGACUUGGUAGAAAGCACUUUCUGGAACACUGCUGAUGAUGGAUUGUGGCAAUUUUAAUUAGGGAUUAAGUGAGUAACUAGAUCGUUUUGGCGGGUAAAUAGUGGUUUGUUUAAUUACUUUGUUUGGAUUGUAUAAUUAGAUGGCUCUUGUUUUUUUUGUAUAGGGCCAUAAGUAUGUAUUCAUUAGAUAAACUUAUGCUAUUUUUUAAUUAUAUAUAUCUGCUAUUUUUCUUAUAAAAAAAUAAAUAAAUAAA